AUGGAACACUCACCUGGGACCCAAUUACGCACUCAACUCCAGCAGGUUGAAGCUUCGCUCGCCGCUUUACCCCCCAUCCCACCCGAUGCAAGCCCUGGAACGAUUAAAAAGCGCGACGAUCUGUUGGAAGACAUUGAAGGGAAGCUUGUGGGAUGUGCAGAAUCCGUGGGGCAACACCGCCGCCGACGAGCUGAACGUCAUGGUGGUGGGGCUGAUGAGGGUGCUGGUGCUGGUGCUGGUGCUGGUGCUGGUACUGGUGCUGGAGAUGGCGGUGGACAGCCGCGUGUGCUCACUAAUGAGGAUAAGCGCGUCCAGGCGAUAUUUGCGUGCUUUGACCAGCCAGCGCUGAAAGCAAAGGACUUUAGAGCGGCCUUGCUUUCAUUUCCUGGGGUCGGGCAUCGAGAUCAACGUGAGGAAGAAGCUUUCAAGCGCCUCGUGCGUGGAUAUGAAGACCAAAGUCAGCAGUGGAGAGCUGAAUUGGAAUCCGUUGUAAUCACCCGUAAUCCAUGGGAUGGGUUCCUGGAGUCGCAGAGCAGCGUGAUGAGCAGCGAGUCCUUGCUUGAGUACGUCAUCCGCACCAUUGAGAUGUUCAAAUUCUUGGCAAUCUGGGAAGAGACGGGCGAUGGCUCUCGUGCAUGGAAAACCGAGUUCAUUGAGAAACAAUGCUGGAAGAAGCAUCCAGAGCAAUAUGCUCGUUGGGAGAGUGCAGAUGGCGAGGCAAAGGAGAAGGAAGAAAAGGCUGUAAAGACGAUACUCGGCAAAUUUCGGAAAGACCACUCUCGUAUGAUGACAUCGAAGAAACAGCUCCUCAAGCUGUACAGACACUUUGGCGCGGUGAUUUUGAUGGACCGCACCUGGGACUGGAACGAUGGAGGCGUACAACGCAAACGAAGCAUGUCAUUUGACAGACUUCUUGACCGCAUCUGCGAAGAGUUACCCAAGGUUAAUGGGGUAGCACGACCGGCACUGAGGUACGAGAUGGGUGCGAGCUCACUUGGUGAUGUCGUCACUAUUUUCAGUACAGCCAAGGUUGCUCAGCACAUUCAAGACUUUUUAGACGAGUAUCCCCCAAUCCGGUAUGAGUAG